AUGUUGAGUUUGGAGCCGAUGGAUGAGUAUUUUAAAGUUGACAAUUCAGCAAUAAAACAUGAUGGAUUCUUUGUUAACAGGGGAAAACUGGAACGCAUUGUUACUACUAAGACAGCAGCAGCAGCAGCAGCAAAGAUUACGUUGACGCUUGGAGACGCUGCUGCACUGCAAGCGGAGGUUAAGGCUGUUAAUAAGCAGAAUGCAGGAGUCCUGUUGUCGAAGGACCCAAGUAACAGAUUUGCAUUUAUACCUCAAAAUAAAAGGAAAAAUAUAGUGAGGCACGGCCUUUGCUUCAAAGCAGUGAACUGGUUCUUUUGUAAACCGGCAACACAGAGUGCUGCAGCAGCAAUGAUCUGCCUGAAAAUCCCCCUCCCACCUCAGAAUGGUGUCCUGGCCUUCCCGAACACACAUGUUGAGUUUGGAGCUGAUGGGAACAAUGACAGUCGCGAGCUCAAUGAAGGUGAAUUGAUUUCGGAUGACCAUGAUGCUGCCGUUAAAUCAAGUGAAAUUAUUUCUGAUGAAGGUCUGCCAUUGUAUUUGCCUCUAGUUAUUAGGGCUUGA